UUCAUGAGUCUCUCCCCCGCUUCUCUCAUCUCCUCCUAAAGAGAGAAAAACCCCGCCGGACGUCGCCUCUCUCGGCUUCCCCAGAGCUCGGAGGAGUCCCCGGAGGCGGCAUGGAGCGGUCCGGGUGAAGAAGUUGAGGAGAAAGCCUGAUUGUUCCCGGAGCUCCGGAGCUCCAGAGCUCCCCCCCCCCCCCUCUCUGAGCCGCUGCCCCCCGCCUCAGAGGCCAUGGGCUGCGGCUUGAGGAAGCUGGAGGACCCGGAGGACAGCAGCCCCGGGAAGAUCUACUCCACCCUGAAGAGGCCGCAGGUGGAGACCAAGACCGACACCGUGUAUGAGUACGUGCUGCUGGACUUCAGCCUGGAGGGAAGCCGUCCCACCGUCCAGUUCGUGUCCUCCCUGUCCGAGCUGCCCCAGGCCCUGCAGCCGUACUACACCCAGGGCUACGUCCUGGCCGCCCUGCACCCCAUCAUCCUGUCGGUGGGCCGCAGCCGCUCGCUGCCCUUCAGCCUGCUGUACCGCGCCGUCCUGGCCCGGCCCAGACCCAGCAAGCAGACGGCCUCCAUGUGUCACAGCGUUCCUCUGCUGAGGGUGGAGGAGUGGCCGCUACCCGGAGACUCGCUGACCGGCGACACCGUCAGGGCGCUCAUCGACAGGGUGAACAGCAGCGCUCGAGGGGGCGUUCGAUUCGUCGGCUCCGUCCUCCAGCAGGUGGGCGGGGUCACUAACGGCAGGGUGCACAGUCCGAAGAGGGGCUGCCGGUCCCCUCCGAGGACGCCGCCCCGCACGCCGCCCGGCGACCGGGAGCCGGACGACAACACGUACAGUCCAGACCUCCGCCUGCUGGUCUUCUUCCACUGCUGGGCUCCGGGCUGCGCCCCGCUGGACUCCCUGGCCUGCCAGUACCACCAGGGGGCGCUGUCCAUGCGCGUCUCCAGGAAGGGCCAGGUGGUCAGCGCCCUGGAGGCCGACUGGCUGGAGCUGACCGCCGCCUACUACCGCAGAGGCUGGUCCCUGGUGGACUCCUUCGUCUACUGGGACACGCCUAAAGGCGAGCCGGUGCCUCGAUCGCUGGAGGGCCUGUUCGUGUACGAGGAGCGGAGCACCUCGCCGCCCGCCAACGACACCAUCGUGGUGGAGCAGUGGACCGUCAUCGAGGGCUCCAGCGUGAAGACGGACUACGGGCCGCUGCUCCACACUCUGGCCGAGUUCGGCUGGCUGCUCACCUGCGUGCUGCCCACGCCCAUCAUCAGACACGACAGUGACGGGAACCUGGCCACCAAGCAGGUGGUGUUUCUGCAGAGGCCGGUCCGAGGGGCCAGGAGCCAGACGCCCUCCGUGCACGCCGACAUGUCCUCGCGCUCCGUCAGUCGCUCCGUCAGCAGCCCCGCCCCCCCGGAGGACCUGUCGCCGGCCGCCGGGGGCAUCGGGGGCUUCCCGGUGUUCGGGGGCGGCUACCCCGGCGCCCUGUCGCACCUGGAGGAGGGCGGCUUCGAGCAGGAGGAGGGGAAAGCCGAGGUCACCUGCAUGUAGGCCGGACGGAG